UUUGUAUUAUAACAUUUAUAGAAAUACCAUUUUCGUUCAAAAUACAAAAUGGCUGCCCUCAGCAGAAAAAUAUGUUUCUUGACAAAGUUAAAUGGUCAUUCGUCGUUGACAUGUGAUCGCUUAAUCAGACGACUAUCUUCGUCAGAUAAAGUUCUGAAAGAACGUCCAGAUUUGCUACAUCUAUUUCUAAAGCCAAAGGUAACAGCAAUUCUUAAAAAAUUGACUGGGAAAAAUUCACAGAAAACCAUGGAGCCAAUGAUAGCACGAAGAGCAGUUACAUCAAAAUAUAAAAUGUUAACAGACGAAGAACUUAAACAGGAAAUGGAGAGAGCACGGCAGGUUGAGAAGACGAGGUUACAGAUGCCCCCCUACAUGAAUGCCCGUCGCUGGAACAACAGACCUUUGAGUUGCGAUCCUGACAUAGCCCCUGUGUUGACCUCCAAAUACAUCUUUGUAGACAUAUCAGAGGCUUCUAAGCGAAUACCGGUAAACCAUGCGAGAACAGUUUUGUGUCGACAUAAAAACGGUGUCCUUCAGCACGCGGAUGUUGAGACGCAUGACCGAAUUGUGAGGACGUACUUACCUGUCCCUGGGCAAGAAGUACUGACCCCCCCGCUGUUUGAAGAAGACAGAUUGAAGGAGCUGUUGACACCAGUAUGGUACACAUACCUGUUAGAGUACGCCUGCACCCAGCUGGAGCCAGACAACCCAGAAUUCCUGAGGGUGACACACACUAUCUACGAGCACAUUGCCAAAGAGGGGCACUUCCACCACCUGGAGGCAACCCGCUUCUUUGGUCCGAUGGCCUUCCAUUUGGCUGUGAUAGACAAGCUCGAGAGUCUGAUCAUAUUCUACAUAGAGUCUGAUAGGUUGUCUGAUGCCAAGGAUGUUAUCUUGCUGGGACAGAUUGUGAAUGAUGAGCCAGAGACGGAGGGCAGUGUCUUCACUAUUGUGCAGAUGUACGUGAAAGAUCAAGUAGAAAAGGUGUACAAUACUAUUCAGACGCAGUCUCAGCAGGCAACAGUCGUCAAGAGCGAAAAAGAUCAGCGCAUUUUCCAGGAGAAAGUGCAGGGACUUGAGAAACUUCAGAAUGUUUUGAAAACUUUCACGCGCAAACUUGCCAGUACAGGGAUAGCCAGUACAGGGAACACAAUAAGGAAACGUUCAUGAAAAUAUGAGCCUCAUGCAGUAAUCCCAUUUUUUCCAAAACGCCGCGCAAAAGUUCUAUUUUUCAUUGAUGUGUGAUUGUCACUUUUUCUGAAGAAAUUGCAUUAAAUGAAUAUUUAACAAGCAAAUUCGUUGAAUUGAUAUCCCCCGCCAAUAUGCUUCUGGACACAAAAGUGUUAUAUUUGACACUCAAAAAAGCAUUUUUUCAAGAUACAAAGGGCCAUAACUCCAUUAUAUACAGAUGGUGUAUAAUGCCAUUUGGCAUGCAUCAUCCUCUUAUCCAUAUAUAUACUCAUUGCUCCGGACACACGAAAAAAGCAUUUUUUCAAGAUACAAAGGGCUAUAACUCCGUUUUUGACAGAUGGUGUACAAUGCCAUUUGGCAUGCAUUAUCCUCUUAUCAAUAUAUAUACUCAUACCAAGUGUCAAUGAAUUCCGCCUAAGCACUUUUAAGAUAUAGCUCCGGACGGCCGCACUGAAAUAUGGACGGAAAACGCCAAAACAAUAUCCCUCCGGCUAUGGCAGGGGAUAAUUACAUGAAGUAUGCUGUUUGUUACAAUAAAACUCCCCAUGUUUGAAGUGUAGAUGGUUUCUGAUUGCCUUUCUGAUCCCUCUGACUUUAGCAAUUGGGACUUUACUGUAUUUGUAAGGUUUAACAGUGUUCUCAAAAAAAGCUUCAAAGAAAAAAGCUUAUUGGAGUGAAUAGAAAAGUUGUUAUUAUUGUGUAUGCUUUUCUCAAGUCAGUGUAUGUACUGAAGUAUCUUCCAAUAUAUGUUGGAAGAAACUAUUUACUUCUACACUUUGUCUGUUAAUACAUCCAUCAUUUCACAAAAACUGUUUUGUGACAAGCUUAUUUUCAAACAAGCAAAUUUGUUGAAUACAAAAUCUUUUGACAGACGGCCAGAGGAACAACGCCAGUUCUAUAUAACUCUGCCUUUGGCAGGGGUUAGUAAAAAAGAAAAAAGACAUGCAUAUACUAGUAAAUAAGUAAUACUUAUUAAAUUGCUUACUGUAAAUUAUUAUGUGAAUUAUAGACUAAAAUGUUGUCAACAAAAGGGCAGACAAAUGUGUAUAUAUAUAUAUGUUUAUUUGUUUAAAAUAUGCACAAUUCAAUUAAAACAAUCACAAAGAAACAAGAAUUUCACAGAUCAGUUCUAACAAAUCAAAGAAAUAUACAUGUACACUGUUAUCAAAAUGUACAGUGAUGAAAAAAAACAUCAGAAACAGUUUUUAGCUCGACUAUUAUAUAUUAAAUAUAUAUAGUGGAUCUAUUCUACUCACCCCGGCGUCAGCAUUAGCGUCUGCGUUAGCAUGUAAAUGUUGAAGUUUUCGUACUACCCCAAAUAUUUUCUAUGUCCCUUGACAAAUUGCUUUUAUAUUUUGCAUACUUAUUUACCAACAUGACCCAACCUAUAAACAAGAGCAGACAACUCUGUCAAGCAUUUUGUCAUAAUUAUGGCCCCUUUUCCACUUAGAAUACGCAGCAAAUGUUAAAGUUUGCGUACUACCCCAACUAUUUUCAAUGUCCCUUAACAUAUUGCUUUCAUAUUUUGCAUACUUGUUAACCAUCAUGACCCGAACCUAUAAACAAGAGCAGACCACUGUAUCAAGCAUUUUGACAUAAUUAUGGCCCCUUUUUACACAUAGAUAAUUGAAUAUUUUGCUAAAAUUGCAAUAACUUUUUUAUUUAUGAUCACAUUUCAUUUUUACUUUGACAAAACAACACUUACCUGAAUACCACAAUGGAUUCCACCCAAACAAUACCCCAUGCCCCUACCCAGAAUCCCUUCCCCCUCCCCUCCCACCUCCCCCCUCCACAAUUUUUUUUCAAACAUCAACUAAUAAAUUACCACACUCCACAUUAUACCCCCUCCCACCCCCCCUCCCAAUUUUUUUUAAAACAUCAUCUUAUAAAUUACCACACCCCACAUAUACCCCCUCUCAACUCCCCUAUCCCCCCCAUAAUUUUAUUUUUUCCUUUUUUUAUUUUUGAAAGAUUGUCUAAUAAAUUAUUGACUAUGAACAAUUUCCCAAUAAUGGCUUACGUUAUACUGUAAAGCACUCGAAUAGUCGAGCGCCCUGUCCUCUGACAGCUCUUGUUUAUCACAUGCUCAGUAUUAAAAAUGUUAUCGCAAUUAUUCAAAUCAUUUUUCAAUAACAGCAAUAACGUCUUUAAAAGAAAAAUACAAUACAUACUGUGAAUAAAAGUUUAUGAAAAUCUCAAACUGAUCUUGCUCUACCUGGUCACCUUUGAAUGAUGAAAAUAAAACAAAUUUGACCACUUACAAAAGGUUAAAUUUAAUCUCAGUACAAACCUUUUUUCUAUAUUAAAAUUUUAACACUUUCCCACUCAGAAGCAAAGUGCAAAUGGCUAUGUGCAAACAGCAUAAAACCAAAACAGCCUGCAAGAAACUUGCAGUCUGAUCAGGAUUAUGCUGUUUGCUGCUCAUCAGUAUCUAAGGGUUGGAAAUGAAGCCUUUAAAACUUGAAUAUAGUUUGAAAGGUCUUUAAUUAAAUGUAACUUUCUAUGGGACCCCUAAAUGCGUCAAAGUUCAUUUCUAAGUAGUAAAGGUUAAAUAUGUUUCUAAGUGGUAAAGGGUUAAAUACGUUUCUAAGUGGUAAAGCGUUAAAGAAUGUAAUACAAACAAGAGUAUUGUCAAACAUGACUUGUCUCCUCGCACUGCUUUGUCAGCUAUUGUCAAGAGCUAAUAACUCUUGAAUGUAUGGAUCAAUGGGGAAAAAGUGGCUUUCACGUCUAUGAUUGGACUUAAUUGUGAUGACAUGUUUACGUUUAAAUAGCUUGAGAAAUGUGGAAGUAGUUAAUAUAAGUAGUUAUCUCCACAAACAAAUAACAUUUAGUGCAGGCUAACCAACAGAGCGACUCCUAUAUAGUCCCAUAUAAAACUGCAUUUAGC